GUGCCCACGGCUGGGGCGCACGCGUGCGCGGAUAUCAUCACCCGCCAGGCGCUCGCGAUCCGUGGCGCUGGCCCUUCGCCUGCCUGGCAGACCUGGCGGCGAUCCAACCUCCCCACGUUCCGCAGAGGACGGCCCAUUCCUGCAUCCCCGCACGAUCCCCGCCCCCCUCGCUUGUGGAAGAGCGUUGGGUGCGCUCUGUUCUUGUUGUCUUCUGUGCUCGGCGGGAUGGGAGGAGCGGGCGUGGAGCCAGACGUCGUGAGCUACAGCGCCGGGAUCAGCUCGUGCGAGGGCGGCGGGCACUGGCAGCAGGCGCUGUCGCUGCUGGACGGGCUGCGGGAGGCGAGGCUGGAGGCGGACGUCAUCAUCUACAAUGCUGCGGUCAGCACGUGCGCGAAGGGCGGGGAGUGGCGCCACGCGCUGGCGCUGUUCGCCGCAUUGUCUGAGGAAAAGUUGCAGCCAACCGUCACCCUACAACGCAGGAAUCAGCGCGUGCGAGAAAUGUUGGCAGUGGCAGCACGCCUUGUUGAUGGUUGAUGAGAUGAAGGGCUCGAAUUGCGACUUGGACGUGAUCAGUUACAGUGCUGUAAUCUGCGCGUGCGAGAAAGGUGGUCGGUGGGAUCAGGCGCUGGCGCUAUUGCGCGACAUGGUGAAUACGAAAUCAGAGCUGGACGUUGUCGUAUAUAGUGCCGGAAUCAGCGCGUGCGAUAAGGGUGGACAGUGGCAGCAUGCGCUGUCGCUGAUCAGCGAGAUGAGGAAAUCAGAUAUCGAGCCGAACGUCGUGAGCUACAAUGCUGGAGUCAGUGCGUGCGAGAAAAGUUCUCAUUGGCAGCAGGCGCUGUUUUUGCUGAGUGGGUUCCAGGAGGUGAAAUUGGAGCGUGACGGUACCAGCUACAGCAUUGGAUUGGGCGCGUGCAAGCAAGGUGGGCGGAGGCAGCAGGCACUGGCGCUCCUCAGAGGAACUGAGUUACUCCAGCUACAAUGCUGGAGCCGGCGCAGGAGAAAGGGCCAUCGUCCUCUUCCUCCCCCCCCUCUUUCUCCGUCCUCAUCUUGAGAAGGGGAAGCGACUUUGUCAUCCGCACGUCUUCCAGCACCCCACUGACGCGGGCAUCCCGAGAGAGCUGCCUGAUGUUCCCUGCUGUUUCUGCGAGGCCACGGCCUCUUUCGCUCCGCCCUGGAGGAGGGGCCCGGACGACGGCCCGUAUGGCGUUCCGUUCCGUUCCAGCGAGGAUGGGCCUCGAGGCCAUCGGAUGGAGCUCUGGAGUCCAAGCACGCUUCCGAUGCUGAAGAGCAACGUCGUUCACCGAUGCCGAGCGACAUGAUGAGGCCAACCCCGACGAGCUUGGGAGUGGAGAGCUGGCAGUGCUAGCGAGGGCCGCUCUUGCAGUCCUUGAGCUCGUGCGGUGAACAUAUUGCAUCUGCGUCGGCCGGCUCGGUGAUUUGGGUUUCUUUCAGUGAGCUGCUCUUGCCUGACUGAGCCGCCACGCGCGCUGAACAGCGCCAUUGGACCCGGUAUCCCGAUGCGCGGCACGACGAGGCCCGCAUCGGCUCGUUUGGGCGGCAAGAGCUGGCAGUGCCGGCAAGGGAUCUGCCUUUCGCCGGGCGGGCUGUCGGAGAAGGUGAGGAUGGGGAUGCGGAUGUAUCAGGCGCGCGAUCGGCUCUAUUGCGACCUUGAUGGAACA